AUUAAAUAAUAGAAAAACUGCGGUAAAAUGGGUAUUCACAAAUUAAUGAGUCUUAUUGACGAAAAAGCUCCAGAUGCAGUUAAGGAGAUCACACUUGACACCCUCACUGGAAAGAAAGUAGCCAUUGAUGCUUCGAUGUGUAUCUACCAAUUUUUAAUCUCCACACAGACCUUGAAACAAGGUUUUGGGGUGACUGAACUCAGAGAUAAGGAUGGAAAUCUGACUGGACAUUUAGUGGGAAUCCUCAACAGGACUCUCUCCCUCCUAGAUCAUGGUAUUAAGCCAAUAUGGGUAUUUGAUGGUAAAGCUCCCCAACUUAAGGCUGGAGAACUUGAAGAGCGUAAAGAGAAAAAGAAAGAAGCUAAAGAGAAGAUGGACCAACUCAUGGAAGAAGGAAAGGAUGAUGAAGCAGCUAAAAUGGCUCAGAGAUCUAUUAGAGUUACACCUGAGAUGACUGAGGAUGCUAAGAAAAUGCUCAGACUUUGCAAUAUUCCAAUGGUAGAAGCCCCUUCAGAAGCAGAAGCCCAAUGUGCUCAGAUGGUUAAAGACGAACUUGCCUUCGCAACUGUAACAGAGGAUAUGGAUGCUUUAACUUUUGGAACAACUGUACUCUUGAGAGGGUUUGGAAACAGAAAAGACCCAAUUAGGCAAAUAACUCUUUCCAAAGUAUUAGAAGGAUUUGAAAUGAGCAUGGAUGAGUUCAUUGAUCUCUGUAUUCUUUGAGGAUGCGACUAUACCAGCUCUAUCUCAGGUAUCGGCCCAGUAAAAGCAUUUAAGUAUAUCACCCAAUAUAAGACAAUUGAGGAGGUUCUUGAAGUUUUAGAAAAGGAAAAUACUAAAUCCAAAUCAGCAACAAAGAAAAGAUAUCAAAUCCCAGAAGAAUUCCUUUACAAAGAAUCUCGCGCAUUUUUUAACGAACCAGAUGUAACGAAAAAGGAAGAUUUAGAAGAAUUUAAAUGGGGAACUCCAGAAGAAGAAGCUCUCACAAAAUUCUUAACAGAAGAGAAGGGUUUCAGCGAGGUCACAGUUAAUAAUGCCUUGAAAAAGUUUAAAAAGACCAAGGGCAAAGCUAACCAGAAGAGGUUAGAUACUUUCUUUAAGAUGGGGACAAAGAAGAGCACAAGCAAGGUCACCAAGACUAAGGCAGCAGUUAAGUCUAAAGGGAAGAAGUCAUUUAAAUAA